UUGGAGCUCAUUUUUUAUUUCUUAACUUCCUUUUACCAUCGGAUUUUUUAUAGAUUCGGCUGUGUCAAUGGCACUUUACGCAUUGAUGCUGGCCGGCGAUGUCCCACAGGUGAUGGCCGCUUCUUCUUUCGCUGCAGCCCUACAAAAGGUCAACCGGUUGAUGCACUAGCAUCACAGAUCAGGCAACUUGCGCUUGAGGCUAAACAAAGGGUUAAACUACAGCCUUCUAACCUCACUUCCAUCUCCUCCGGUAUCUCAACGGAAAACUCUUUCUCAACCACCACCACUUUUACCAAGGCACCAUCAUUCCGCCUUUCAGAUACUCAUUCUGUUCCCAUCGCAACUAACACGUCCGGCAGUGUCGUUACAACACCCUCGCAACCUUCCAGCCAAACAGAUCGCUGCAAUAGUCUGGAUAGCCUCAGUCUGUCUGCCAGCCACACAUCACUCCUACCUUCAAGAAUUCAACAUAAUCCACAUUGGGGAGAAGAUGAGAUUCAUGUUAGCAGACCUCCAUCAAUAAUACAAGCACAUUGCACAGAUUCACAUAAAACCUAUUUAUUGAAUGGCUACAGUGGUGAACUGGUUAUGAGCCGACUGAAAGAUGAUAGCAUGAAAGAAUUGGACUACUUAAGGGCCAGGAGUCAGCUAGUCUCUGCCGAUGCAAGCGGAUCAGAGAAUAAAAAGGAGUCAUUUGAUAAACUAGAUGAAGUCAGAAAGGGAGAAGAUGACAAGAAUGGCUCGCGCUGCUCUACUCCAACUCCAGGGUUCAUUGGAAUCAAAGUGUCCAGAGACCCCGACAUCUUGCAAUCAGAAGAUUCCGCUGUUCCGACCACAGAUGUUGCG